CUAGAAAGAGACUAGCAGUCAAUAUGAGGAAGUGACAUCACAGAGUGUCAACGCUGUGUCUCUCUACAAGGAGAACUAUUUUAGACAGUGAGACAGUUUUAAGAAGGAGGAAGACGGAGAAAGACGGACAAGAAUGAUGGAUGAAUUCAGAUGGAUUAAACUGUUGUCACUGAUGAUACUGAUGCUUCAGUUUACAGCAACAACUGGACAACGUUCAUCUGUCACUGUCAGAGUUGGACAUGAUGUCACUUUGUCUUGUGGAAAUGUGAGAGAUGGACAGAAGAACUGUGACAGUACUGACUGGUUGUUCAAUGGUUUAAGAGACAGAACAACAGUAGAGCUGGUUAAACAUGGACAGAUCAGAUCUAAACCAGACAGACUGAGAGUUACAACAAACUGUUCUCUGGUUAUAAAGAAGGUCACAGAUGAUGAUGUUGGUCAUUACACCUGCAGACAGAUCAUAUCAGGACGACAACAAGGAGAAGACUUUCAGGUUUAUCUGUCUGUUAUUACCAUGACUGAACGUGAGGACAAUGAUAAAGUCGUCUUGUUCUGCUCUGUGUUGGAUUAUGAUUCAUGUAUUUACACUGUGGAGUGGCUGUAUGAUGGUAAAGAGAAAAUAUCAGACAUGCAGAUAUCAUCACCUUCCUGCACUCACCCUGUGACAUUUACAUCAUCUCACCUUAAUCAGAGCAUUUAUGAGUUAUUGAAGUGUAAAGUGACAAAUGGUUACACUAAGAAAGUUCAGCUGUUUACCUUCAGCCCUCAGUCCUCAGGAAAAGAUGAAAAGAGAAAGAACAAAGUGAAAUCAACAAUUAAACCAACAGCAACAAGUAAAAAAAUGACAACAUCAGUGAAACUCACCUCAUCAGAACAGACAAUCAGAACAACAUCUCCAAACACCAACGAUCCAACAAAUCAACAAGUUUGGUCAUGGUGGUAUAUGAUUGUUCCUGUGGGUUUAUUAUUACUCUCGAUAUUUGUCGUCAUCAUCAGAUGGAGGAAAACUAAAGGAAAGAAAACACAGAUGAAAGAAAACACUGAACUGAACUUAAACUCUGCAGAGACUCAGUCUGGUCCAGAAACCAGUCAGGACACGGCUCAACCUGAGGAUGGUGUUUGCUACGCCUCCAUCAGCUACACCAAGAAGACCAAGAGUAAAGCUAAAGCCCAGGACCGUGAUGAUGAUGAUGAAGGUGGCUCUGUGGUCUACAGCACUGUGAAAGCUUCCUCCUCUUCUGCUGAUCCCAGAGACCUCUAUUCUACCAUCAACAAACUAAACAAAUAAGAGGUUAAAUCUGUUAAAUGGAACAUGAAAGCACCAAGAGGAAUCUCAUGUCCUCUCUUAUCUUAUAUUUUGUGUAAUAUAUCAUAUAUCCUAUAUCGUAUAGGAUAUCGACAAACCGUCAUCAGAUCACCUUAGGGUUAGGGUUAUACAGUAUCAUGUCUAUGAGACAUGGAUUCAUUAAGAGAGUAGAGACUCCCUCUAGUGGUGGAGAGUGUUCAUAGGGAGGUCAGACAGACUCUAUACUGUCCUCUUUAGACUUUGUCCUCACAUGGACACAAUAUUUUACCAUGUAUUUUAUAAAAUAGAUGCAAAUGUAUUUCCUUCUGUGGUUCAACACAUUU